CAAAUAAAAACAAUAUUAAUUUUGUUGGACUUAUUUAUAUUAAUUACCUAUGGUUAAAAAUCUUAGAAUUUUGAAAAUGGAGGUUGAAAACUGUGAUCUUAAAGAGGCCAUGAAAACUUUGUCAUUUCUCAAGGUAAAGCCAAAAGUUUUGUACUACUUUAAUAACUGGAAAAGAAGAAGAAGAAAAAAGUUGAUUGCUGCUUUGCGCCAAGAUGGCAAUUCAAAUUUGACAACCCUCUGUAGUGUGUAGUAUAUGAGUCGUCUUCUUCAUCAACUCAUUGUUCAGUCUUCACUGCAUAACACAAUAAUUAAUAUAAUUAAGCUCAACAUUCAACAAUGGAAGAAGCAAAAGUGGAGGCUCCAAUACCUCAAACUCUCUCGUCAUCUUCAAAUGGGAGAGCAAGAAGGAGAAGAAGGAGAAGCAGUGGUUCAAGCUCUUUCGAGUUUUGUGUGCUCCGAAAACCCAAUCUUUUAUCCGCCGAUCAGCUCUUCUCCGACGGCGUCCUCCUCCCCCUCCACCUCCUCCACCGCCCUUCCGAUCAUUCUCCGGAACCCAACCAGGUGGAUUCAUCAUCAUCGUCAUCCGUGGUGGAACAACCCCAUCGCCCGGACGAAUCCAGGGUCGAGCUAGAGCAGCCCCAGUUGGGAGCAGAAUCUGGCCCGGAGAUUUCUGCUGCGGCGGCGGAGACGGCGGCGUUGAGUUCGUCCAAGCGGUGGAGAGAUAUUUUCAAGAGGAGUAAUAAUAAUAAGAAAAGAGAGAAUGCCGGCGGGGAGAAAGUGAACAAGGACAAGAAAGGCGGCGGGGGCAUUUUUGGAGGUAGUAGUAAUGGCGCCAGCGCGGCGGAGCGAGUUCUGAACAUCAAUAUCUGGCCGUUCAGGAGAACCAAGUCGGCCGGCAACGGCGGCGGCGCUCGGCCGUUGAGUUCCCCGACGAAAGCCAGCAGCGCGCCGUGCUCCGGAACCAGUUCGCCCGCCGACUUCAAGUCCAAGAAAUCGCCCAGUCGGAGCAGCCUGGUCUGGCCGGCCCGCCGGAGUGUCGGCGGUCGGAGUUACGGGUUUCUGACGAAACCCACCGAUAAAAGUCCGAGAAAAGAUCGGAGCUACGUUGAGAGAAGUUUCAGAAAGGAAGGAAACAAGGGGUGGCGGAAAGUGUCACCUGCCGCCGUCGAUGGCGGCGGUGGUGAUUGGCAUAAAGCUAGAAUCUUGACCAUGAAUGCUUCCAUGUCCACUGACGCAUCCCCCGCUGCCGCCGCCGCCGGUGGAGUCUCCGGUGAAGGGCCGGUCUAUUGGUACAACAACCCAAGUUUCGACCCGAUUUGGAUGCUUCCCACCUCUAUGGUUGGGAAACCGAUCACUAAGACUAAGUGUCAUUAGCAAGACAGAUAAAUUUCGUCACCAUUACUGCAGACGAGAGCCCAAACACCCGCUACCAUGUUGGACCGUCAACAAGAUUCCAACAUUAUGUUAUUUGCUCGACCAUUAUAAAUAGGAAUCUCUAUCCACGUGUUGGGAGAUUCGAAUGAAUGAAUCUUCACUUUCCUUGUACUUUUCCCUAUCAAGUAGAACUUCCCAAUCUCACAUUAAUUUUAGAAGAUUUAUACUUAAACUCAUUCAUCUUAAUAACAAGUAUAUUACAUU